UCGCGAAGCGAAGCAGCAAAAUAAGCAUUCAAAACGUCUGAAAAGUUGAAGCGUUCCUCUGAAACACCUUUGAAAGCUUAAACAAAUUUUUCUGAAAGCGUUUUCCGGCUGACAUUCUUUGAGGCCAUUACUCAUUACUCAAGAGUGGUAGUAGCCACGCUCCAUUCCAUGACUAAUCCCAACAUGGAACCAGAUAAAACGUUAGAUGUCUAUAUAUAUGAUUAUCUUGUGAAGAGGAAGUUGACUGCUUCUGCAAGGGCAUUUCAAGCUGAAGCAGGAGUGCCCACAAAUCGGACAGCAAUUGAUACUCCAGGUGGUUUUCUUUUAGAAUGGUGGUCAAUCUUUUGGGAUACAUUCAUUUCUAGGUUCAAAUGCCCUGUUUCAGUAACCAGUGGAUCUCGCAAUGAGAUCCUAAUGCCAAAAGCACAGGAGCGGCAGCAACAACACCAAAGUGCUGAGCAGCAGCAGUUUCAGCAAAUGCAACAAAUAGAGCAACUGAUCAUGCAAAAGCAUAUUGAACAGCAAACGCAGAAACAAAGAGAAGAGACUCGGUUUGAAUGUGGCACUGACCAUGAAACUAAUUCAAGACAAAGCCUUGGGGCCACUAAUGCACUUACCAAAAGUAAAGCUCAUUUGUCUGGGGGGAACAGGAAGAAAUCUGUACAGUCUAGGUGUGGUGAAAACGUUGGUCAGUCUUUGGCUCAAAAUAAUACUUCGAUAUUAAGAUCUGGAGCCUUUGGGGACCAAGCUCCACGUCAAAUACUACAAGGAACUCCUGGUGGCAAUUUAAGAUAUUUUUCUGGAAUGAAGGAUCAAGCUCAGCAACUCCAUGUUCCCCAUCAGGGCACAAAGAAUAUGCUGAAUCCCUUAGCAAACCUCAAGUCUGCUUUCUCAGAUGAAUCAUUGUCUCAACAUCCAGGAUCAAAUCAUGGAGUAAGCAAUUUGCCUUUGAAGGGUUGGCCACUGACGGGAUUAGAACAACUUCAAUCUGGACUUCUUCAGCAGCAUAGCCCUUUGCUUCCUCUUUCUCAACCCUCCCAACAACUUCAGCUGCAGCAGCAAAUUCAAAUGCUUCUUGGUGAUCAGUAUAUGGGUAUCAGGAAUGAUAUGCAAUCAAAUUAUAUGACCAAUAUGGUUCCUGAUGCAAAUUUGCCAGUUCAAGUGGCUCUUCCUCUUUUCUCUCGUGCAGAUGAUACACUAAUGAAGCUGUAUCAGAUUGAAUUGAAUAAUGCCAAUCAAAGCCAACAGCAAUGUCAAAAGUCUACUGUACUUGGUCAUCCAGAAACUUCAAGCUACAAAAUUGCACAGCAAGACAAGGCGAUUGCAACUAGCAACAGUGCUAUGGAUGUCACCUUUUCAAACACCUCUAGAGACAAUGAUCAGAACCAGGCUCUGAGGAAAAGAAAGCGGCCAAUGUCCUCAAACCCAACCAAUAGUUCAGGCACUGCAAAUACCACUGGACCAUCCCAAAGUUCAGCACCCUCUUCCCCAUCAGCACAGACGAUGGAAGAUGUGAUUUCAGUACCUUCAUUGCUUCCUGAUGAUAGCAAGUCACGGGCUCAAAUGUUUUGCAACAGUGGCUCUGAUACAAAUGCAUCGGCAUCUAAUCAAAUGGCUGAUAUUGUUCGUUUGAUAAAUCAUGGAUCUGUGGACGACAAUGUGGAGUCUUUCCUUAAUGAAAACGUGGACACUGAAGAUGUGAUUGCUCAGUGCUUAGAGGAUGUUAGAAAAGAUAUUACAUUUUCUGAAAUUGGAAGCAUUGAGUCUAGUGCUGUUAACUGCUGUGACUUCUCAUCUGAGGGUAAACUGAUUGCAAUCGGCGGAGAUGAUAAUAAGGUUGUUUUAUGGUGCACAGAGUCUCGAGAGCAAAAAUAUAUACUUGAAGAGCACUCAGACAAAAUUACAGAUGUUCGUUUUAGCCCAAGACUGCCCAGGCUUGCUUCAUGUUCCCUGGACAGGAUGAUAAAAAUUUGGGAUGUUCAUAAUUCAGGCCAGUCAAUUCGAACCUUUACUGGGCAUUCUGCCUCCGUUAUCUCAGUAGACUUUCAUCCAAACAAAGAGGAUCUUAUCUGCUCCUGUGAUGAUGUUAGUGCCAUACGAUACUGGACCAUAAAAAAUGGUGGUUGUGCUGGAGUUUCAAAGGUUCGUGCAAGUCAAGUCAGGUUCCAGCCCACCCGAGGAAGGUUUCUUGCUGCAGCAGUAGGAAACGGUGUAUCCUUGAUAGACGUCGAGACUACCCAAACCUGCAGAUACCCUUUGAAGGGACAUGUAUCAAAUGUGCAGUCUGUUUGCUGGAGCUCCUCCGGGGAGUAUUUAGCAUCUUUGAGCGAGGAUUCCGUUAGAGUGUGGAAAAUCGAUUCUGGGGGAGACCAAAAAUGCAUGCACGAGUUAAGUAUAACAGGAAAAAGACUCCGCACUUGCAGCUUUCACCCUACUUACCCUUCUCUGCUAGUAAUCGGUUCUCAUAAGUCCCUGGAGCUUUGGCACAUGGCGGAGAACAAGAUGAUGACCGUGCUCGAGGGACCUAUCUCCACUUUGGCAGUCUCACCAUUUGCUGGUUUAGUAGCUUCUGCAAGUGGUGACAAUAUGGUUAAGCUGUGGAAGUGAAUGUGCCAAAAGAAUGUUUUGUCCAUAAAUACAUCUUUUAGCUUCCUACAGAGAAAAACACCUCUUUUUGUCUGUGGUCUUUUAACAAUAUAAAGUUAUGGUAUAUUUUGGAGAAAUGAAAGAAAAUAUAUACUUUAAGCGGUUUC